AUGCCAUUUGCGAAUUUUGUAGGUGUAAACCAUCAUGGGCAAAGCAUUUUACUUGGUUGUGCGUUGGUUUCUCGUGAGAAUUCUGACACCUUUGAGUGGAUAUUUAGUCAUUGGUUGGAGUGUAUGGGAGGCAAAGCCCCAAUAGGGAUAUUGACCGACCAGGAUGCGGCGAUAAGGAAAGCAUUACGGUCAACCAUGAGUCAAACAGUGCAUAGGUGGUGCCUAUGGCACAUUACGCAGAAGUUUUGUAGGAAGCUAGGAAAGAAUGAGGAGUACCAGGAGUUGAAGGAAGACUUGGAGCAUGCAAUUUAUGACAGUCUCGAUGCUGAAGAAUUUGAAAUGAAUUGGGCAACUGUGAUGGAACGCUACAACCUGUCAGAGGAAGAAUCUGAUUGGCUUGAAGGUAUGUACGCGGAAAGGGUUAUGUGGAUCCCUGCUUACCUGAAGCAUUUAUUUUGGGCCGGGAUGAAGACGACACAACAGGUCGAAAGCAUAAACAGUUUCUUUGACUGUUAUGUUGACAAACAUACUGCGUUGUAUGAGUUUGCUGAGUCUUACUGCGAAGCAAGGGAUGGAAGAGCAAAUGCGGAAAGUAAGGCGGAUGAAAGUACGGCGAGAAAUAUAAGGCAAAUUCUGACUGGAUUUCCAAUUGAAGAAGUGUUCCAGAAAUGUUAUACUGAUGCUAAGUUUAAUGAGGUUCAAAGAGAGUGUAGCAAAAUGCUUUACGUGAAUUGUGUUCGAAGGAAGAUGUUGGAUGAAGCUCUGGAGGAGUAUGAGCUUGAGGAUAGGGUGUGGGUAAAACCUAAAUAUUCUAGGAAGGAGAUCCUUACGAGACGGAAGAUAAAGCACAUGAUGGUGUUGUUCGAUUUAAACAACCAAACAGAAGUUCCUGAAAAAUAUAUACUUCGGCGUUGGAGGAAAGAUGUUGAACGAAAACAUACUAAGGUGAAGGUGAUGUACCAUGACCCUUUGAAGACAGAGGCUGUUUGCAGGUAUGAUAAUUUGCAGGUGUUGUUUGAUCCCAUUUGUAAGAAGGCUUCCAGUUACAAAGAAACUGUUGACAUAGUUGUAGAGAUAUUUCAGUUGCUGGAAAUUCGGUUGGACGAUAAGAUAUCCAUGCUUGACAGGCAGAAUGAUGUUAACCAAAGUCAAAGUGAGGAGGUGAUGUUGGGGACACCGUCUUCCGUAUGUCUAGAGAAGGGUUUGAAUGAGGUAAGCCCCUCUUCUGUGGGUGAGUUGGUCCCGGUACGACGUCGCAUUGCAGUCUUUGAUUCGCCACUAGGAACCGAACAUGAAGGUAGUUGUGUUGGUGGUGAAAGUGUUCCUGAGUUUCAGGGUCUUGUUGAUUCUGGAAGUAAUGAUGGUUUUCUUUCUGGUACUCCCCUGUUGGAUCCCUUUAAGCCUCCCGCACCUGCUCAUAGGACUACUAGCUACAGGUUCAGGUCAUGUACCUAG